AGAUGUGCCAUUCGCAGUAAAAUCAGGACAAAAGGAAGAUAUCCAAUCACAUUUGGACAGCAAGCAGAACGAGUCUUAGCAGUGAUAUCAGAGGAAGAGCAAGAAAGACUUGAAGAAAGUGAAAACAAUGAGCUCCAAAUUUCUCAUGGGCAUAAGAAAGAAAAAGAUCUGUUGUACGAAAAUUGCAUGUUGCAGGAAGAAAUUGCCAGGUUAAGACUGGAAAUAGACACAGUGAAAAAUUUGGACCAGCAAAAGGAAAAUAAUUAUCUUGAGCACAUUAAAACUGUGAAAGAAAAGAAUGAUUUCCUUCAAAAUACUUUGAAGCUGAACGAGGAAACAUUUACAACAACGAUAUUCCAGUACAGUGUACAGUCUGAAGUUUUGAAAGCUGAGAAUGAAAUGCUCAGUUUUAAAUUGAAGGAUGAAAACCAAAACCAGGAGAGACUGGAAACAGAAAUUGAAUCAUAUCGUUGUAGACUGGCCGCUGCUAUACAAGACUGUGAUCAAAGUCAGGCAUCAAAAAGAGAUGUAGAACUCGAUUUCCAGAGAACAAGACAAGAGUGGUUUCAUUUAAAGGAAAAAAUGAAUUUUGAUAUGAGCAACCUAAAAGAUAAGAAUGAGAUGCUUUCUGAAAAACUUGCUAAUGCUGAAAAUGAAAUCAGAAGCCUCAAAAUGAAGUGGCACCACACAAAAGAUGCUCUAAGAGAAAAGACAUUGGUUUUAGAAGAUGUCCAAAGAGACCUAACCCAAUCACAAUGUCAAAGGAAAGAAAUUGAACAAAUGUUUCAGAAUGAAGAAGACAAAGUGAGUAAAUACAUUCAAAAGCAAGAAUCUCUAGAGGAGAGGUUAUCUCAAAUACAAAACGAAAAUCUGUUACUUCGACAGCAACUGAAUGAGGCUCACAAGAAAGCUGAUAAUCAAGAAGAGACAAUAAUUAAUAUCCAACAGCAUUUUAAUGCUAUUGUCAAAAAUCAAGCUCAGAGUGAAGAGCAAAGUCUUCUACUGGAGCAGGAAAACAACAAGUUAAUUAAUAAAUGCAAUUACAUAAAUGAAAGAUUGUACAAAUAUGAAAAAGAGAAAGCAGAAAGAAAUGAAAUUAUGAGACAAAUUCAACAAGAAUUGGCUGAUACUGUGAAAAAACAACCUGUAUCAGAGCCUUCACUAGAGGCUACACCAUGUUGUGUUAAUUUAGAUGAAACACGGGACUCAAAGAGGAAAUCAGGUCAAAUCAGAAGUCAACCUGAUAUUACAGAAGCAGUGGAAACUGCAUCUUCAGAAGGUCUACAUGUGGAUGCAGAGAUUGAAGUUCUUCAACAGUCAUUAUUAUAUAUGAAAACAAUGCAAGAAAAGCGCAAAAUACUACAGAAGGAUCAGGAGAAGUUGGAAGAAGAACUAGUAAACCUCAAAAGUCACAUGGAAAUGAAUAUGUUAGAAUGUGACCAAUUGGAACACUAUAAACAGGAGGUCGAAGAAGGAGCAAGGCAGGAGAUAGCAGAACAAUUAGAAACCAUUGAUCUAAUUUUACAGACACAGAAAAUAGCCCAUGACAAGUUACAGUUUUUAACAGAGGAAAGCAAUGCUACUAUGAAAAGUCAGAUGGAACUUACAAUUAAAGAUCUGGAAUUCAAACUCUACAAAGCAAAAACUUCACAAGCAGACUGUAAUACAACAGAAUUGGAAAAAUAUAAGGAACUGUAUCUAGAAGAAUUAAAACUUAGAGAAUCUUUGUCAGAUGAACUAAACAAACGUAAAGAAAUUCUAGCAGACGUCAGUACCAAACUUCUUCAAGAAAAAGAGCAGAGCGGAUCUUUAUUUACUUCUCAUACUACAAGGGCAGUCCUACAGUCAGCAUGCAAUGGAAAUCUUAAUGAAAAUUUAGGUCUCAACAGAAUACAUAUUCCAAGAGAAACCUUAAGGAUUCCUACCUUAAGCUCAUUGUCUUCAAAUAUCAGAAUGGAGAGCGACUUGUCAAAGUCUAUGAGAAUGCUGAGCAUGCCGAUCAAGCUCCCUGGCAUCUCCGCUUUGUGUGCUCAGCUGAAGCACUUCUACCUAAUGCCCGACAGAGCCCCUCCAGGCACUGAAUGUUUUCUUCUUGCCAGAGACCCUAAGGCUUCUGAUUACUUCCACAUUCUCACAACUGACUUCUGGGGACUCACCACCCUGUCUUUCUUCACAGUUGGUCCUGCUGCCGAUGCCAUCACGUGUGGAAUAAACAAAGUCAGGCAAGCACGGACAGGCGCCGGCAGACUGGAAGGGAACUCGAGCCUGCGUCCUGGGGGCUGUGAAGGGGCCUGGCGGAGCCUCCCGCAGCCCAGCGCGCUAAGCAGCCAGCGGCUCCCGGCGUCUGAGAACCCGGCAGAGGCUCCGGCGCGGCGGGGACACGCCCGGAGUCCCGAAAGUGAAGAACCAGGAGGGGAUCCGGAGCCAGGACGCCAGGAGCAGCAGGGGAAGAGCGCGGUGGUCCGGCCGGGCAGGGCUGAUCUGGAGCGCCGAGGUUCCCAGGACCGCGGCAGCCUGGCCACAGCCAGCAGCAGAGGGGGCCUAGGCCUGGGUGGCCGCCGGGAGCCGCAGCCCCACUCUCCAGGCAGCGCGGCCGCUCGCGACUGCAGCGCUGCCGGCGGGACCGCGCUCCCUCAGGACGGGGCUGCCCUGCAGCCGAUCCGCGUGGCGGGAAGUGCGGGCAGGGUGCUCACGGGAAACCCGGGGACGGCGGCCGAGAGCAUGGAGGCCUCGGAGCCCGGGCGCCCCCGCCGGUCCUCAGCUUGCAGUGAACAAAGGGCGCCCCAGGAAGCACAGUUUGGGUCAAGUUUGCCUUUCUUCAUUGUAGGACAACCGCAGGAAGGGGAGGAGAAUGGGGAGUUCUCCCGGCAGCCCCUUUUCCUGAAGCCCACCCCCAGUCUCCAGGACCCACCCAGCCUAGGAGGAAGUCGUGGUCCUAGGGGAGGGCAAAAACGCCUCGGGCCUAUGGGUGUGCAGCGCCCCCAGCUCCCCCAGUUUCUGGGAUCUGCGUUAGGUGGCCGCCCCUCCCUGCUUCUGCUGGGAAGAUGCCAUGGGCCUUCCAUGGCCUCCUCUCCCCAGCCCAAUGCCAAGUGGACGUGCGGAUGCACAAAGCCGGCAAGGACCACUGUGUCUCCAAGACCUGGCGUGUAG